CUUGUGUCGUCAGCACUUUAUUUCAGUUUUGUCGCAGGUGUCUGGUGUAGUGGUAAAGCACUUCACCCCCAAGCACAGAAGACCUGAGUUCGUAUCCCAUGGGGGGAAGGGAGGAGGAAUUCCCACCGAGUAUCUUGGUCUUUCUGCUGAGACGUAUUCCUCUCACUCAGCCCGGGUUGGCCCUCACAGGAUCAGGAAGGGUUGAAGCCUCCUGUUUCACUGAGCUAAACUGUGUCGAUGUAUACGUAAAACAUAAAUAAAUAAAACAUUCAGUUCCCGCUUUGGGCAUUUCAGACCGUAACAGGGUCCAGUCUAGAAGUGCGACGUCUGCCUUAUGAUCUAAGAAUCUCCUUUCAUUUCCUUCACAGAUAUAUCCCUAGUCACGUCACAUCCUGCUCAGGAGGCUGAGUCCCGAUCUGACAGACUCAUGCAGUAGAGCACAAUGGGGGACGAACUCCCAGAAUCGAUUUACAACGAGGAGUUCCUGAAGCCGCUUAUCUUCAAACACGCCACAAAUUCUAAUGGCACUGCUCUUAUUGGAAUCGACUCCCAACGUGAUAAAGUUAUGCCCCUGGCUGCCACUGUAGUUCUUCUGGCAGCCUAUAGCGUCCUUUGCGUCAUCUCCACCUUUGGAAACUCUCUCGUCUGUUACGUCAUUUUCAAAAACAAGCGUCUACACACGGCGACCAACUACUUUAUUGCCAAUUUAGCGAUCAGCGAUCUUCUCGUCACUUUCGUGAACGUGCCUUUCAACAUCUCUCGGAGUUUGCUGGUGGAUUGGCCGUUCGGAGAGGUGCCAUGCCAUCUGGUCAACUAUUCCCUCGUUCUCACUUGUUAUGUGUCCACGUACACUCUCACCUCAAUUGCACUAGAUCGGCACAGGGUGGUGCUGAAGCCACUGUCAAGAAGAAUGUCUAGAAAGUUUGCUGUAAGUAUUCUCAUUCUGAUCUGGGCUGUGGCGAUAUGCCUCUCGUUGCCGUACGGCAUGUACAUGCGAGUGCUUAAAGUGAAAUUUCUUAUCACCACCGAGUUCCGACGUUGCCGGUUCAUCGGUCCUAAGCCGUGGAGGGAUUUCGAAAAGUUUCUUACGGUUACUACCUUCAUCCUGCAGUAUUGCGUGCCCUUCAGUUUGAUAGCUAUUGCGUACGGACGUAUUGUGCAGAGCCUGUGGGCUCGAACCCACGUUGGAGCCGUCACGGCCAACCAGCAGCUGUCACAAGCCAAAGCCAAAAGGAAAAGCAUCAAGCUCCUCAUCGCUGUGGUCAUUGUGUUCGCAAUCUGCUGGCUGCCACUCAACAUGUACCACCUGCUGACCGACCUUCACCCCAAGCCUGAGAUGUUUCAGUACAAUACGUUGGCCUUCUUUGCCUGCCACUGGGUGGCUAUCAGUAGCACAUGCUAUAAUCCGUUUGUGUAUUGUUGGCUCAACGAGAAUUUCCGGGAAGAGGUCAAAUCGAGGUUCAGCUGCCUCUUCCGUCUGCCAUGUGGCCGCGGGCUUCGCUCCGACUCCGCGUCCACAAAACUGGAGGGGAACUACAGGAAAGUGAAGAACGGACAGGGCAGCGUGGCCGCCUCAAGCGUGCUCAACCGCAGCGUCCGACGAGAUCCGAACACCACCGCUACCGAGAUUUUGAAAAAUAACGUGUGUAGCACGCACAAGUGUAAAGAGUGUGACGUCAUGGGCGUCCAUAACAACAUCACACCCACGGUUGAUGACGACGAUAUGAAUACAGACUUCACGGAUGAAGCAGCUCAGGGGUUGAUCCUAACCAUCGAAUGCAACGGCCAAGGCACUGCUACGUAUCAGAAUGGAAUACGCCGUAUCUGAUCAGUGUACAGAGGAUGUGAAAUUCCGUUUUGAAAAAAAA